GCUAGACUUUUCACUCAAUUUUAACAAUUACGUCCAGCUCAUUUAAAGUAUGAAGAUACAUUGUUCAUAUCGUAAUUGUGAAGUAUAAGAAUAUUUUGUGCGUACAAAAAGUUGAGUAAUAGGUCACGAAGUGCGACAAGAUUUUCUAGAAUUACGUUUCUUGAAGUUUAUCAGACACUGUGUUUAAAGUGGUUCGUGUGAAAUCCAGUCGGCGGUUAUUUGUCGUCUCACAAUCACCGGGAUAUUUGAUCAAAGUCGCUAGCCACGAUGGAUCUUAUGCUACCAGAAAAGUUUCAGCACAUUCUUCGUGUUAUGAACACGAAUAUUGAUGGUCAACUGAAAAUAAUGUAUGCUAUAACUUCGAUUAAAGGUGUUGGCCGACGCUAUGCUAAUGUAGUAUGCAAGAAAGCUGAUAUCGACCUUAACAAGCGUGCUGGUGAACUAACUGAAGAUGAGGUUGAAAAGCUUGUAACAGUUAUGAGUAAUCCAAGGCAGUACAAGAUCCCUGAUUGGUUUCUAAAUAGACAGAAAGAUGUCGAUGAUGGCAAACACUCACAGUUGAUGUCUGGUGCUUUGGAAACUAAGCUGCGUGAAGAUCUUGAACGAUUAAAGAGGAUAAGAUCCCAUCGGGGUAUACGUCACUAUUGGGGGUACGUAAAUUAGCCAUUCAGAUAUUGUCAUAUUGAAACGUUUUUCGGUACAACAUUCGCUUCAGUGAACUGUCGCGUUUUGUAAUGGACGUGAUGCAGUCAUGCAUUGUUUUGCUUGUGCCAAGCAUUUUCUCGAACGUUGCGAAAUAGGGCGUGUGCAAUUGCACAGCUAGCGGAAAUCAUCUUCGUGUAGCUCCUAUUGGUUUACAAUGUUCUCCGAUGUUUCACCUCAUUCGUUAUUCUAUAUCGAAGUGUGUGAAUAUAUAUCGAUCUUGGUUUACAAGGCGUCUCUCGUCACUUCAUCUGCUAGAUUGCGAGUUCGCGGUCAACACACAAGAACAACUGGACGACGUGGACGAACAGUCGGUGUAUCUCGAAAGAAAUAAGUGAAUAAAAAUUUCUUACGGAAACGAUGUUCUACUUCUUUUUUUAUUGCAUUAUGCUCUCAUAGUUUUAUUGAGUACGAAGUAAGGACUUGUUCAUUAGUUAAAGUUAGUUGUAAUAUUUACGGUCAUCAGAUUAGUCGCUCGAAUGUGAUUCCAGUUAGUUAUUAAAUAAUGUAGUGAUUAUCAAUAAGCACGUUGGACUAGGCAUAUUUAGAUAUCUAUCCUUUGGGACUUUUCACCCGAUACCAACUUGAAA